UGCUUUAUACUUAUUUGAAGAGAAGAUCUCUCAACAUAUAUCUGUAUAAUACGUAUGAGGCUGGUGAUAUAUAUUUAUGCAGGAAUUUGGAAUUCUGCUUGCUUAUGUAAUACCCCCGACACAUCGUAAAUUGAGCUCACGUUACAUUGAAGGACAACUAAAUACCUAUGCAAAUUAGAACAAUUGACAUCCGCGUUCGGUAUGUAGAAUGAUGCAGAGAAAGCAGAAAAUUCGUUUUCUUCAAUCAUUUUCAUGCCCUGUACAUUCUAUCUCAGUCAGUGAACUUGAGGUUAAUUAUAUAAUAAUGCCAAGAUAUGUAAAUCAACCUAAAGAUAAAUUUCAAACACACAGUACAAAUUCAACCGUCUAUUUGGUAACGUCCAUCAGUGAAAAGCUAGGCUUUGGGAAUUGAAAAGAGAAGGAUCGGUUUUCGCAGUUGCAAUUGACCACCAGCAAGUCUCACUUGGUAAUUGUUGAUCAUGAAAGUGCUAAAGACCAUGUACAACCCCGCCUCUGGAACAAAGGUCGCUUUUGGUAUUAGACUUGGGUGGCAUGGUAAUGCCAGGUUCCACGGUCUGGAAGGCUUAUUGGGUCAGACGGCAAUUUUUGACGUGAACAAGACUUGGCAAGAAGCUUUCAAGUCGCAUUUUGGCGUAUCACUUGAUCCGAUAAAGUACUCGGUGAUGCGACUUUGGAGGGACAGCGGUCGGCUGAAACAUGACCCGCGGGAACUGAUAAAAGUUAUGAUGAAAGAUUUUGUCAAAGUUCAAUCCUCCUUUGUGAUUAACAUCGUCGAGAAUAAUAAGACCUUGCAAGCCAACAGAAUCAAGGAUUGUUCAAAAUAUUCACAGAAAACGGCCACUCCAAACGGAUCGACGAUGACACCAAACCCAUUCACAGCGGAGGUUGAGAUGCGCAACCAGUUUUACAGUUCCGAAAUCGCCAACAUACAUGGGACAGAGGUAUCCACGUACAAUGAUCAUCGCAUCUCGACCCUGGUCCAGCACAAUUUGUCCGUGGAACAACCUUCGCCUUCAUCCAUGAGCCACGUGGGCAACCCACCACUUCGGGUGCCACCGACAAUAAUAAAGAUUCGCCGACCGCCAGUGAAUGAGGUAUAUCGUCAAGUCUCAAGGUCCAAAGCGAUGUCAAAGACUUCAAAAACUAAGGCCACAUCAGCAAUUAGUUGUCAACAAAACUCUCACGAUGACGAUGAUGGUGACGCCCGAAGCGAUAUCACGCGCGCCAGUCAGGACUCACAGAUGGAAGACUUACUAGAACUCGGGAUUCCGUACGAAGAUCUCAAGUCGAUCGUUUGCAGAAAGGCGUAUAAGAAUUUUUCUAAUAUCCAGUUUUUACAGGUGAAACAAGAAAUGCAACAAUUCCGAAAAAGUAAUGCGCGACGUUGGGCCCGAUGGACAACAACUGCUCCAAUAACAACCAACAUAUUGCGAGAACUAUUCCACAUUGAUUGAUGGAAAGUGAUCGCUUGUUUAGAACAUUUGAAUUUUUUGUACCUUAUUAGCCAGAAUACUUUAAAAUAAGGUAUACAUUUCAUUAGUAUUGAGUAUUGCAUAAUUAAAGCUAACUUGGCAUAUCCAACUUUUGAGGAUAUGUAUGUAUCUCUAUCACUAUGGAUAAGAAACUCUUAUAUGCAUGUUGAUUAAUUCAUUCCCAAAAAUGAAUGCAUUAAUGUAUGCUUAAAAGAAUUAUGACUUCAGAGUAAAUAAAUACUUAAAUAUUUAA